AUGGAGGUGGCAAGUGGAGGAGCACCGGGUCCUCGAAGGAAUUCGAUUGCUUUUUGGCUCCUCGGUCUUUGCAACAACUUUGCCUAUGUUGUGAUGCUCAGUGCGGCCAAGGAUAUUCUAGAAAAAGACGCAAAGCACAUCGAAAAACCCUGCCGACCAGAAGUCACAACUCGAGAAUGCCACAUUCUGUCGACUGGAUCUGUCCUUUUAGCCGACAUUAUACCGGCACUCAUUAUAAAAAUGUCGGCACCCAUGUUCAUUCAUAGGGUUCCGUUUGGAAUCCGCCAUACAACUGUGGUGCUCCUUCAAGCUGCUAGUUUUCUGAUUGUUGGAAUUAGUGAUUCUACAGGAAUUGCAUUAUUUGGUGUCAUUUUGGCAAGUUUCGGAAGUGGACUCGGCGAGAUUUCGUAUUUGGCAUUGAGCUCGAAUUAUCCAUCAAGCGUCGUCGCUGCAUGGUCUUCUGGAACCGGUGGCGCUGGUCUCAUUGGAGCAUCUGUCUAUGCUCUCCUCACGGAUUCAAAACUUCUAGCGGUUUCUCCAAAACACACGAUGCUCAUAAUGCUUACUCUUCCCGUACUCUUCUCUUUUGCUUAUUGGUCAAUCCUUCAAAUUCCAAGAAGCAUUCAUAGAGCAAAACUCUUUCAACCAUCCACGUGGAUUAUUGAUGGAGGAAGGACAACGAUGUCUUCAGAAGCCGGAAGAAUAUCAGGAGAAGAAGGAGAAACACUUCUGAGACACACAGAUUCUGCGGAAGGAGAAUUGAUGUUGAGAGGAGAGGAAGUGAGCGGGAAUUCGAAUUCAAUGUCCAGAAUUCAAAAGGCUCUUCCGUUGCUGAGAUUUAUGAUUCCCUUGAUAUCGGUAUAUUUGGCAGAGUAUUACAUCAAUCAAGGACUGCUUGAAUUAAUGGAAUUCGAUUGCUCGCAUGGGUUCUCGAUGAGCUCUGAAAGCCAGUAUCGCUGGUUUCAAGUCACUUAUCAACUCGGAGUUUUUGUAUCCAGAUCUUCUUCGAAUUAUCUGACAAUUCCCACGAAACACCUAACAACUUUGGCUAUUCUUCAGACUUUCAACGCCGUCUUCUUCACAUUUACCGCCAUUUAUUCGAUUUUUCCCCAUAUUUUCCUCGCAUUCCUUGUGAUUUUCUUCGAAGGAUUACUGGGCGGAGCCAGUUAUGUGAAUACAUUCCGGGCGGUUCAUCGAGAAAUUCCCGUUGAGUCUCGAGAAUUUUCCAUGGGCGUCGUCUCGAUUUCCGAUACGAUUGGUAUCGUUUUCGCCGGUUUUCUUGCCAUGCCAGUGCACAACAAAAUAUGCUCAUUGCCAUUGCGAUAUAAUGUUAUUUAA